GAGAUAUAGGAGCUGUUCGAAGCUUCCCCGACAAUACAGAAGAAGAGUUUCUGCCUCGACGAUCGAUUAAUCGUGCGGAGGCGUAUUACGCUGAAAGGGUGGGGUAAUUCGAGAAGGUUGCACGAUCACUUCGUCGAUAGUGUACAGUGUCGAUGAGACAGAGAGAUGGAGAUGAGAUUGGUGGUGCUGAUCGUGCUCCUCUGCGUCGCGACGCGGCUGGUCGGCUGCCAGGAGCAAAGAUUUUGGGCCAGGACGAGUCUGAACGACGGCGAGAAUGCUGAGAGACGGUUAAAGGACGAUGAAACGGAUAAGAGGAUCGGGGAGGCUAUUUUAGGACAUGGAAGAAGGGAACGAGAUCUGGAGACAUCUGAUGAUGUGUUCUAUGCUAGGAUUAUGUCCUAUAGAAGCAACAAGGCUGUCGACGCUCUCAGAUCGGCGGAAACCAACGCGAAAUUGAAUCAGCAGCCUGGCCAACUGUCGAACCUUCCCAAACCGAGUUUAAAAUCGACCAGCAUAAUCCGCGACAAGAUGCGAAGAUACAAAAACGUGACGCUUGGCAAUGGAAUCUGCCAGAGUAUCGAUAUAAGAAACACCGCGGCAGGGUUUGCAAUUAUGAAGGAUUGUCGAGUGAUAGAGGGUUUCCUGCAGAUUGUGCUGAUGGAGAGUAACUCAGAGAAAGACUUUCUACCGUACAGCUUUCCGGAACUUCGAGAGAUCACUGGUUAUCUGUUACUUUAUCGGGUGAACGGUUUGAAAAGUCUGCACAACUUGUUUCCAAAUCUCGAAGUGAUCAGGGGGAACAUUCUGCUGACUGACUACGCGUUCAUGGUGUAUGAGAUGCAGAAUCUGCAAGAGAUCGGUUUAAAGAAGCUGACAGAGAUCUCGAGAGGUAGUGUUCGAAUCGAGAAGAAUCCUGCAUUAUGCUACGCUACUACUUUAAAUUGGGACAUCAUCGUCUCUGCAGGUGAAAACGUCAUCAAGGACAAUGGAGAGGAAGCCUCUUGUCCUGGCAAAGAGAAGAUUGGAUGUUCCCAGUGUCCCAAGGGUUACUGCUGGACGUCGCAGUUCUGUCAGAGAACAGAGAAGCCAAAGUGUCACGAGCAGUGUCUAGCUGAGUGCAGUGGCCCUACGGAGAGAGAUUGCUACGUGUGCAAGCACUAUCGACACGAGGGGAAGUGCGUGGAAACCUGUCCUAGUCACUUAUACGCCUAUUUGUCGAGACGCUGCGUCACGAAGGACGAAUGCGUGAAAAUGAAUCGCCUCAGGAGAGUGUACUUCUUUGUCGAGGAUGGACAAUUCUGGAGACCUUUCAAUGGAUCCUGUGUGACUCAUUGCCCCGAGGGAUACGAGGAUGCACUCGAUGAGUACAAUAUGACUACGUGUCGCGUUUGCCAGGACAGAUGCCGAAAGGUGGGCCACGGCGCCUUGAUCCGACACAUCUCCGACGCGCAGAUCUUCCGGGGCAUAACUGUGGUGAGAGGCGCUCUGGAAUUCCAGAUCCGGAAUGGAAAUCCAAACAUAAUGAACGAACUGAGCGCCGCUUUAGGCCAAAUCGAAGAAAUCACCGAGUACUUGAAGAUCACCCAUUCCUUCCCAAUCACUUCUCUAGGUUUCUUGAAAAGAUUAAGGGUGAUCAAAGGCGAGAAAUUGGACAUCAAUAACGCCAGCCUCUCGGUUCUCGACAAUCCAAAUCUAUCGAAUCUAUUCCCACCAGAGCAACAAGUCAGAAUCGAAAAUGGUAGGCUGUUUUUUCAUUACAAUCCAAAGCUAUGCCUCUCAAAGAUCGUCGAAUUCAGCAAAAUGGUGAAUAUCUCCAACUUCACCGACCUAGAGAUCCAACCGGAGUCUAAUGGCGAAAAGGUAGCUUGCAAUAUAGUGAGUAUAAACAUCACCGUGAAACAGUUAGGACCUGAUUACGCUAAUCUAGUCUGGGACAGUUACAAACCACCGGAAGGUCAACAAUUGCUCAGUUACUUAUUGAAUUACAUCGAAACAGAGAACAAGAAUAUCACCUACGAAGCAAAUGCUUGUGGAGGAAACAACACCUGGCAGAUCGUCGACGUCGAUAUUCCAAAAUGGAACACCACGGUAUCGAAAGAAAUUGGUAAUUUGAAACCGUACACUAUGUACGCAGUGUACGUGAAAACGUUCAACGCGAGGAACACGAAUUUCUUCGUGAACCCGGUUGGUCAGUCAGAGAUCAUUUUCCUCAGAACCAAGAGCACUAUACCAUCACCUCCAGUGAACAUAGUUUCCACUGCUUUGAGCGACACGGACAUCUUGCUCAGAUGGGAACCACCGUUGUUCCCUAAUGGUCCCAUAGGCUACUACAUGCUCUCCAGCGCCAUGAUCUACGAGGACGACGAUGUGAUCUCCUCCAGAAACUAUUGCAACGACACUCUGGAAAAUGAGUUUGAAAAUGCGCAAGAAGUAGUAUCAGAAGUGACCAUUAAAACUCCAGUGAUGACUUCAACCUCGUGUUGCUCGAAGAAUGUCAAUAGAAACAUCAUUACAUCGAAGAAAUUCGAGAUCUUCUGUCACGAGAACACAACUAUCAGCUACGUUUCACCAGGCUGGAAGGAUUACUGCGUGCACAAUAAAUACAACGUGGCAGAUAAUCGAUUCUACGAGCUGGCGAACAAUUUAUCCACUCCUCGGCUAGAAGAGACCGCUAAAAUUGCUUCUUCGGAGGCAGCUGGAAAAUAUAUAGAGGAGACAGCUGUCGCGUACAACGUCAGUGGUAGAAACAACUCGUUUGUGAUCAGGAAUCUUCGUCAUUACACGCGUUACAUCGUCAGCAUCGCUGCUUGCGGUGUGAAAGUCGACGAGACUAACAUGUGCUCGUCCAUUCAGUAUACAAACAUCAGAACGAAGAAACGAAUGCGUGCUGACGAUGUGAAGAACCUGAAAGUCCGCGUGACAAAUAACACAAUUGUAGAAGUGACCUGGGGCCUAGUAAAGGAUCCUAAUGCGCUCACAGUGUCAUAUACCAUCGAGUACACGAAUCUGCAUGUGCGUGACGCGAAGAAGAGCGCUGAGUGUAUACCACGGAUGAGUCGUAGGGACCUGGUGAACAACUACUUCAUCAAGAACCUCAGUCCAGGGAAGUAUAGUCUGCGAAUUAAGUCCACGUCUCUGGCAGGUGAUGGAAAUUUCUCCGAAGUAGUCUAUUUCUCUGUUGGCCUAUUGAACAAUGCUCCAAUUACUCUGAUAGCGUUGUUGACUCUUAGUAUCUUGUUUGCAGCGUCAAUUGUGUCGUUUAUGAUCAUGAGGAGACACCAGAAGAGAAAGAUGCAGGAAAGAUUGAUAGCCAGUGUGAAUCCAGACUACAUAGAGACCACGUACGUGAUUGACGAUUGGGAGGUACCUAGAGAAAAUGUGGAGAUCCUUGAAGAACUAGGCUUAGGUAACUUUGGUAUGGUCUACCGAGGAUUGUAUGACAAAACUACACCAGUGGCUAUUAAGACGAUCUCGACGACAGUCACUCAGAGGGAAAAGAAUGAGUUUUUGAACGAAGCUUCAGUGAUGAAGAACUUCUCCACCUAUCACAUCAUCAAGCUUAUAGGCGUGGUGUCUGUUGAGAAUCCUCCGUUCGUUAUUAUGGAGUUGAUGGACAACGGUGACUUGAAGACAUAUCUACGUCGAAUUCGCGAUACUCAUCUGGUACCAGACGACUGUAGGAUCAUAAGAAUGGCUGCAGAGAUAGCUGAUGGCAUGGCUUAUCUGGAAUCGAAGAAGUACGUUCAUCGUGAUCUAGCUGCGAGGAAUUGUAUGAUCUCUAAGGACCUAGUUUGCAAGAUUGGAGACUUCGGAAUGGCCAGAGACGUUUAUGAGACAGACUACUAUAAAAUUGGUCGCAAAGGUCUUCUUCCCGUCAGAUGGAUGGCUCCAGAGAAUCUCUCUGACGGUGUGUUCACCUCAGACUCCGACGUUUGGUCCUUCGGAGUGGUCCUGUAUGAAAUUUUGACCUUGGCUGAGAUCCCCUACCAAGGUUUCUCCAACGAAGAAGUCCUCAAUCACGUAUUACACAAAGGAACCUUGCACGUUCCUCGUACUUGUCCAGAGAACAUCCAUAGGAUCAUGGAGAAGUGUUUCAAAUGGCGACCAAGCGAUCGUCCUACGUUUAUGGAGAUCGUCUCAGAGCUGGAGCCAUUCUUGGGUCAAGAUUUCUACGAGAAGUCCUUUUAUCACUCCAUGGAGGGCGUGGAGAGUCGAAAUUCUGGUGUGAAGAAGGCUUAUCAUCAUGCAGCGACUAUUAGGUUCCAUUGGGGCAAUGAAACAGCCAGAUGGGUGAAGGAGUUCGAGGAUAAUGUGACGCUACUCGACCAGACGAAGGCGGGAACCAGCAGAGGGCGCAUCUUUAAGAACGGUUUUCAACAUUUCGGUAACGUAACCAACAUGGAAGACGCGCCACUCGAUCGGUGA